AUAUAAGACAUACGUUAGAAUAAUACACGUCAUGAGUGAAUUGGCAAUUUAAUCGUUCGUAUCACGAUAAAUUAGACCAAAGGUUGAAAACCAUGUAAGACUUUCGCAAAGUCACUUUCUACUUUCACCGGAGUAUGUUCCACAAUGAUUUAAGAAACGUCAGUGUAUUGUAGUUUCUACUUCGGACGCAUGUUGAUCUUAAAAUCGAGAAGGUUAAUCGCGUAAUAAGUGCUUAAUCAUGUUGGAUAAUUCUACUGCCAUUCGACGUCCAAAGGAACAAACUUCUACUAAUGGAGCUCAAAGGAGUGCUGGAAAAAAAGCAUCUAGUCCAGCAGUGGAAGAUAGUUCGAGCCAUUCAAAAAAUGUCUCAUUGGAUGCGGAUCAUUUAACACUCUGGCAGCAUCCAAUUAUAACGUUACAUUAUUUCCUUAACGAAGUGUUCAUUAAUUUGAUUAGUUUAGCAAAGAAGACAUUACAUUACAAACGGACAGUAUGCGCUAUAAUUUUAAUUAUAACACUGUUUCUUGCACUAAGCAGAAUUUCUGGUCCUCAACAAGAGAUUUUUAAGUUAUGGGAAGCUAAGAUUAUGUGGUGGCUAUAUUGGAUAGGACUAGGUGUAUUAUCAAGUGUAGGCCUUGGAACAGGUUUACAUACUUUUGUGUUAUAUUUAGGACCACACAUUGCAGCUGUUACUAUGGCAGCAUACGAAUGUGGAGGUCUAAACUUCCUUGAACCACCAUACCCUGACCAAAUAAUAUGCCCAAGUAAAGUUGACCCAAUGUGGACAGCAGGCAUAUUGAAUAUAAUGAGUAAAGUACGUGUGGAGGCUAUGCUGUGGGGAGCUGGCACUGCGCUUGGCGAGUUACCGCCCUAUUUUAUGGCCAGGGCAGCAAGGACAAGCGGACAAAGUACUAAAAAUGAAAAUUUCGAUCAGGAAGAUUUGAAAGAAUUGGAGGCCUUGGAAGCACUAGAAAACGGAGAGAACGUGCCGCUUAUAAUGCGUAUAAAAUUAAUUAUGAAGCGAUUUGUUGAGAAAGCUGGAUUCUGGGGUAUACUGGCUUGUGCGUCAAUUCCAAAUCCGUUGUUUGACUUGGCUGGUCUGACAUGCGGACAUUACCUCAUUCCAUUCUGGACAUUCUUUGGUGCCACUUUGAUAGGAAAGGCUGUUAUUAAAAUGCACAUACAACAGUUAGCAGUAAUCAUAGCCUUCAAUGAAGAACUUUUAGAUAAAUUUAUUAGUUUAUUAGCGGUUGUACCGUUUGUUGGUACAAAAUUCCAGGAACCAUUGAAGAAGUAUCUCAUUGAACAGAAACAGAAAUUGCAUGAUAAGUCCUCUGUGGAUGGAACGACUACUAUAUCAUGGUUGUUUGACAAAUUUGUAAUGUUGAUGGUCUGUUACUUUUUAGUGACAAUUAUUCACGCAUUAGCGCGAAAUCAUCAUCGUAGACGAACCAAACCAUCCGUUGAUUAGAAUCCAUGGUGCAUAGGAUAAUUAGUUAGAAAUAUAAAAUAAGUUUCGUAUAUUGCAACAUAUAUGAGAAUAUAAAAUUUGUUUUCACAAUGAGAGACAAAUACGGCAUGUAAGAAUGUAAGAGAUGUGUUGAAAGAUUUCCAUUUCUAUGGUUUCAAUGUUGCAUUACAAAUACAAUAUUCACACAAUAGUGAAGUAUUAAAUAGGUUAGUCUUUUUUCCUUGAUUUUUUCUGUUUGAUAUUGAUUUUAUUUCUUUUUUAUGCUUUCAUUUUUGUUACUAUACUCUAUAAAUGUUGCAAGGAUAUUCCUGCUAUGCAGGUGAUUUACAUGUAUAUAGACUGAUGUCUUUUAUAAUACAAGGUUUAUGUACAGUGCAUAAAAUAAAUAUCUAAGUGACAUAUUCUGCAACACUUGUGCACUAUCGGUUGAUAUUCAUGUUUCUGUAUAUUACAUAUA